AGGUAGGAAAGGCAACCAUACAUACUCUAAAUCACUUACACAGCCUCAGUUCUAGGCUGUUCCUCUGACCAGUUUUCCUUCCUUAUGACAUGCGAUUAGAAGCAUUAGGAAAGUGGAAUGGAGCAAAAAUUCCAGAAGCCUUCGCUAACAGUAAAGGGAUAAUAAAACAUUUAGAUCUAAUUCAUUUGAAUUUUUCUAAAUUUUUGCACAGUUGCUUAACUUUGACCUUGUGCAAUUCUCUCUUGCCCUCAGAGGCACUCUGGAUUAUUAGGAGCCUAAGGAGAAGACUAAAUGACUGCUCAGCAAAGUGAAAAAACAAGAAUGAAAUAAUCUUAGAUUUUUGGUUGGUUGGGUUUUGUAAUAUCCCUUUUUUAUAGAAAACAGCCAGGGUUAUAUUCCUAAAACAGAUGUCAAUGCAUGUCAUUCCCUCUCCUUAAAAGCAUUCAGUUGGUUUCCAUGGCCUCAGAACACAACCUAAAAAUUCAUGAGCCUCCACAAUCCAACCUCCUUCCCCAGUCUGUUUUCACUGCCCAACUUUAAGCCUUCUCCACCAAGCACCUCUUACUACACCAAGCAUGUGAUGCUUGGAAGCUCACUCUCCCUUCUAACCUAAUACAAGUCCAUAUCUUUUGAGGACAAGGUCAACUGUCACCAUGAAGCAGGAAGCAUUAAGUCAUAUGUUCCUUAACAUUCCCCUUUCUAAGCUAAAAGUCAUACCUUCUUUCUCUUUGCUCCCUAAAAAUGUUGUGUUGAUUCCUCAUUUUUCUACUUAUUUCAUUCUGCCCUACACUGCAGUCAGUAGUUUACUUAACUCUCGUACACUGAUACUUUAUUCAGUACAUGUUUGUCACAACUGAAAACAGAAUUUAACCAAGAAAUUCAGUCUUUUAAAUUCAACGUUCACACAAUUUGCUACAUCCCCGCAAAUUUACAAUAUCAAGCAGUCUAUUUAAAAGAUAAUCUUUUCUAGUGAAUUACAUUUUAAAGAAUGAAUUAGGGGUGAGGGACAACUCGAAUUCCGUUUGGAGGCAUCUUUGAGCUCGUCGAGUAGACAUCAUGAGCAAAGCUCACCCUCCAGACUUGAAGAAAUUUAUGGACAAGAAGUUAUCAUUGAAAUUAAAUGGUGGCAGACAUGUCCAAGGAAUACUGAGGGGAUUUGAUCCCUUUAUGAAUCUUGUGAUAGAUGAAUAUGUGGAGAUGGCAACUAGUAGGCAACAGAACAAUAUUGGAAUGGUGGUAAUACGAGGAAAUAGUAUCAUCAUGUUAGAAGCCUUGGAACGAGUAUGAACAAUGGCUGUCUUCACCAGAGAAAUCAACUGCUUUCACAUGUCCCCUCUCCACAUUUUACUAUGAUGAAAAUUGGGCCGUGUACAUUUUCUUACUGAACUUUUUUUGUUAAACUUCUGUAAUAGUCAAAAAAAAAAAAAAAAAAGAAUUAAUUAGGGAAUUCCUGGCAGUCCAGUGGUUAGGAUUCGGUGCUUUCACUGACGAGGGCCCAGGUUCAAUCCCUGGUCAGGGAACUAAGAUCCCACAAGGCUUGCAGCACAACCAAAAAAAAAAAUGAAUUAUAAGAGAGAAUAGGGGCUUCCCUGGUGGCGCAGCGGUUGAGAAUCUGCCUGCUAAU